GGCAUGGCUGGCUCUCGUUGGAGCACACAACACAACACAGGCUGACAGGCAGCCACCCCCAAUCUAUACCAUCUCCCUCCUCUGCACCACUCAAUCAAAGCCCGGAUACACCUCUCCAUCUUCGUCUCCAAUCGAACUUUCUUCCUCACCAGACACACAAAGCUAGAGCAAGUUACCUCCAUCAGUAAUGAAAGCUCUCGCCGUCGCCUCGCCGGUCGCAGCGGCGCAGCCCCGUCGUCGAUGCCUCGCGGUCGCAGGUGUCCCAUGCCAUCGGAUCAUGUCACAGCAGCUGCAGACCUCCUUCACCGGCGUCUCCCUGCACCGCCGGCAGCAGCACAAACCUUCUACCCGGCCAUCGUCAUCGGUGGUGGCAAUGGCGAUGGCGUCGCGGCCGUCGAUCCAGUUCAUCCAGGGCACGGACGAGCAGACGGUUCCCGACGUGCGGCUGACCAAGUCCCGGGACGGUAGCAACGGCGUGGCCGUCUUCACCUUCGACCAGCCGUCCGUGUUCGACUCGUCGGCGGAGCUCGGCGACAUCACCGGCUUCUACAUGAUCGACGAGGAAGGCACGCUGCAGACGGUGGACGUCAGCGCCAAGUUCGUCAACGGGAAGCCCGCCGCCGUGGAGGCCAAGUACGUCAUGCGCACACCCAGGGACUGGGACAGGUUCAUGAGGUUCAUGGAGCGAUACUCCCAGGCCAACGGCCUCCAGUUCCUCAAGAAGUGAAACAUUAUGUGAAAACAUUAUAUAUGCAUGACCUCCAGUGAAUCAUUCUUCUUCUGCUGCUGCUCUUCCUUUUCUUGAGUUUUUUUCCUUUGCCUUCUUUGGCCUUUGUGUGGCUGUGUUGAUCUGUAACAACUGCUUGUUGCUACGAAUUAAGCGCUUGAGAUUGAUGAUCCA